CAAGUUCCGGAUUACAAGGGCCUCUCGGCCCGCGACCAAAAACUGCAAAGCAUCCUGCCUCAGCCAUAGCGCAUAGGGCUGAUACUUGUAGUAAGGAACUCAAUACUUCUAAACAUGUCUUCCGUCCACGAUGAGUUCCUGGCGGCGAAUGCCGAGUUUGCGGCCAAGUUCGAGGAUGGGAGCCUCCCACUGCCGCCUGCGCGUCAUGCGCUAGUGCUUGCAUGCAUGGACGCCCGCCUGCACGUUGAGAAGGUGCUGGGCAUUAAGAACGGCGCCUGCCACUGCGUGCGCAACGCCGGCGGCCGCGCCAGUGACGACGCCCUGCGCUCCAUCGUCAUCUCCCAGCGCCUGCUGGGGACCAAGGUGGGGAGGGCGGCGGAGGCGCCUGACAGCAGGAUCAGCGGAGCCGCGGCAUUCAGUCAGGAGGCCGUGUCCAUGUCCGCCCGCUCGCCGGCCUUCUCCCUGGACGCCACACUUCACACCUGCCUGCCCUACCUACAGCAGCUGAGGGAGGCAGACACACACGCUGAGGCCGCCUACUACGCCAAGCCGCGCUUCAUGGGAGCCGACGUCGCCCUCCACUGCGCCGCACCCGGCGUGGACCUGCUGCCAGCACUGCUGGCGCCGCGGCAGCAGCAGCUGCAGGGACAGGGGGAGCAGCAGGGGCAGCAGCAGCAGCAGCAGCAUGAAGGGGCGGCGGCAGCGGCGGCGGGGUCAGGCGGUGUGGAGGCGGGCGGAGCAGGGCCAGGAGGGGCAGGGGCAGGCACUGACGGCGGCGGUGCUAGCGACGGCUCAGCCGCCGCCGCCGCCGCCGCCACCAACGGCGGAGCCGCGGCGGCUACUAGAGGCGCCGCCGGCGCCAGCGGCAGCGGUGCCAGCGGUGCUGGCACAGCCCCCACAACCACCGCCGGCGGCAGCGGCGCCGCUGGUCGGCCGCCGGCGUAUGCGGCGCCGCCGCCUUUUGACCCGCUGGCCGCCAACCAGCCGUUGCACCUGCGCGUGGCGGGCCAUGCGCGUCUGUCGCUGAGGCCGGUGCCGGAGGCGGCGGCGGCGGCGGCGGCGGGAGGUGGUGGUGGCGGUGAUGGUGGCGGCGGCGCCGCUGCUGCACCCUACCACCACCCAAGCAACUGCCCCAGCCGAUUUGAGGGCUCCAUCGCUAUGUCGGGCGUACGUAUCAACAGCCUCGAGCUCGUCACCACCCGCGGCCUGACCGGCAGCGCCGCAAUUGACGGCGCCACCGGCACGGUGGCCGUGCGGGCCCGCGGCAGUAGCGCCGCCGGCUCGGCAGUAGCAGGCGGGGCGGGCGCCGGUGCUACAGCCGGCGGCGGCGGCGGCGGCGGCGGCGGUGCGCUUGGCGGCGCGGCGGCGGCAGGGGCCGCCGGUGUUCCGGGCAUGGGCACAAAUGCGGCGGCGGCGGCGGCGGCGCUGGGGCCGGGGGGCAAAGCAGAGGCGGCGGCGGGUGGUGGCGGCGGCGACGUUUUGGAGCUGGAGCUGGCGGUUCCUGACCUGCUGGCGGCUCUCAACCUGCAGCCCGCCACCUCGCCACCCCAGCCCACCAUCUACCAGCCCCCGCCGCCCCCUGCUGCUACUGCCACUGCACCACCGCGCCUGCCCGCCUUCGCCACUGCUACAGCCGCCACCACGAAUAACCCUGCCACUGCCGGCCAGCUGCCUUCGCCACGCGCCAGUGCUGGCACCGGCAGUAGCAGCGGCAGUGGUGGAAACAGGCGGCCCGACUCAACGCGAUUCGUGCCGCAGCCCAGCCCGCAGCAACAGCAACAGCAGCAGCAGCAGGUGUUGCUGCGGCAGCUGCAGCCGGCGCCGGGUCAUGCUACAGCCGCCCCCGGGCCGCCCCACCCCGGGCCUCCGGCGGCGCUGGUGUCGCAGGAUGGAGCCGACAGCCGCCUCCUGCUGCGGCGGGGGCCACUGCUGGCGGAGGCCGAGGUGGUUAAUGGCGGCGCCGAGGUGUCCAUGCAGAUCGCCAACCUCCAGCUGGACGACCUGGAGGCGGGCUCGCUGCGGGGUGUCUUACGGAGCGGGCGGCUGGCGGCUGACGUGGCAGGGCGGCGCGGGCGGGGCGCGCUGGCGGCGGAGGGGCUGCGGCUCAGCAGCCUGGCCCUUGGCUCCGUCAGUGGCGCGGUGCGGUGGGAGGGCGACAUCGUCAAGCUGGAGGAGACCGUGCUGGAGCAGCGGGGGAGCAGGUAUGAGGUGUCCGGCGAGGUGUUCCUACCCGGCUUCGGAGCGCCUCCCGCCGCCGCCGGCAGUAGCAGCAGUAGCAGCAACAACGUGUCCCCCGCCGCCGCCGCGGCCGCCGCCGCCGCCCUGCCGCCGUCAGAGUCGGCUCGCGCCAUGGCGCCUGGCGGCGGCGGCGGCGCCGCCGCCGCCAACGGCUCCAGAGCCGCUGCCGGCCGAGGGAAUGGCGGCGGCGGCGGCGGCGGCGGGCCGAAGGGCGACCUGGAGGAGGCGGCGGCGAUGGUGGUGGCGGGAGGUGCGGGAGGCGGCGUUGGUCUGGAGGAGGAGGAGGCGGAAGCGGCGUCUGGGUCCAGCGACUGCCGCUGGCGAGUGCAGGUGCUGGUGCCGCGGGCCCAGAUUGCUGACCUGCUGCCGGCGGUGCAGCUGGCGGCGGCCGCCUCCCGCCCCGGCACCGACUACGGAGCGGCCAAGGCGAGGUUCCUGGAGGCCAUACAGUCGGGCGCCGCAUCCGCGGUCAGCCCCCCCGACGUACGGCUGCAGGUGGACCUGUUCAGCUCGCUGCCUUCGGAGCCCACGGCGGCGGCGGCGGCAGGCGCGGCCGGCAGCGGCGGCGGCGGCGGCGCGGCGGCGGGCAUGGUGGCGGCGGGUGUGCCGGCCCUGUCGGAGCUGACUGGCAGCUGGUCGGGGGCCAUACAGGUAUACGGCGGCACCUCGGGACCCGCCACAGUGGACUUCUCGCUCUCGGGCCGCGACUGGCGCUGGGGAGCAGGAUCCGGAUCCGGAUCCAAUGCCGCGGGCGCCGCCGCAGCGCCCGGAUCCGGCGCCGCAGGAUCCGGGGCCUCUGGAUCUGCCUCUGGAUCCGGAUCCGGAUCUGGAUCUGGAGUCAGCGGCGGCGUGCGGCUGUUUGACCGGCUGGUGGCGGUGGGCAGUGCGGACGGGCGAGAGGGGGUGGCGCUGGAGGAGCUGGCGGUGGACGCGGGCCCUGCCAAGCUGCGCCUGGCAGGCUCGCUGCUGUGUGCCCGCCAGGACGCCCGACUCACCCUGUCCGACUUCCCGCUGGCAGUGCUUGACCCGCUGGCGGCGGCGGCGGCGCCGGCGCUGGAGCGGGCGGCGGCGGCGGCGCGGGCGCGGCAGGCGGCGGGGCAGGCGUCGCCGCUAUCAGCUCUGGGGCGGCGGCUGGAGGCCACCAUGCAGUCGCUAGGGCUGAGGGCGCCCUCGGCCGGCGGCGGCGGAGACAGCGAGGAGGCGGCGUCGGAGGGCUCAGCGGCCGGCGGCGGCGGCGGCGGCGGCAUUGGGCUGCUGGGGUCGCACCACGCCUCAGGAGCAGGCGGCGGCGGCGGCGGCGGGCCGCUGAGUGGGCGGCUGUUUGUGGACGGCAGCCUGGGCGGCAGCGUCAGCAGGCCGCAGGCCUCUGUGCGGCUGCGGGUGGAGGACGGCGCCAUCGGUGGGGCGCUGCUGGGCCGAGCGCAGGCCAGUCUGGUGGUGGACCCGCAGCAGCGGCUGCACGUGGACGUCGACCUGGCUCCCCGCGACCCGGGGGCAGGGGCAGCAGGAGCAGCAGGCAGGAAGGCAGGCGGCGCCGGCACGCGGCGCGGCAGAGGGGCAGCGGCGGGCGGGCAGGAGGCGGAGGCGCAGCAGCAGCAGACGCGGUUGGGCGCCGGCGCCAGCAGCAGCAGCAGUAGCAGUGGAGGGUAUGUGCGGCUGUUUGGGACCGCUCGCCUGCCGUCGGCAGUAGCAGGAGGCGGCGGCGGCGGCAAGGGAGGAAAGGCCGCAGAGGCUGCAGCCAGCGACGCCGGCGGCGGCGGUGGCGGCGGGGGAGUUGGUGGUGGUGAUGGUGGGAGGCGGGUGCGGCCGCCGGCGGCGCGAGGGGUGGUGGCGGCACGCAAGGGCGCGCGCGGCCCCCUGGCGGGAGUGGCGCAGCCUGCUACAGCCGCGCCUGUGGCGGUGCCGGAGGCGGCUGUAGCAGGCGCCAGCAGGGUUGAGCGCGCCUCCCCUGGUACUGCCGCCGCGCUGCAGAGCAUUGCGGGGCAGGCAGCGGGGGCGGCAGGCGGCGGCAGUAGCAGCGGCACCCCCACCGACAGCCUCAGCAGUGAGAGCGGUGGCACAGGCAGCGAGCGGGCAACUGCUACUGCCACUGCUACUGCUGAUACUGCUACUGCUACAGCCGCCAGGGGCGAUGCGGCGAAGACGGGUGACGGCCAGAUCCGCAGCCGCAGUAGCAGCGCGACCGGCUCCGGGGCUGGCAGUAGCAGUGCCGCAGCCAGCAGCGGCAGUAGCGGCAGUAGCAGCGAGACGGUGGAUGCGGUAGGUGUUAGCGGCGUGGGUGCCGCUGAGCCGCUGGCGGCAGCAGGUGGCGGCGCCACUCGUGGCGGUGCCGGCGGCGGCGAAGCGGUGUUGGGUGCGGAAGCAAGGGAGGGGGUGGCACCGCAGGAGCGGGUCGCCAGGGACGCCGAGCGAGAGGGUGGGUAUGCUGAGGGCGCGUCGGCACCGCCGCCCACCCCCACCGCACCGCAGCAGCAGCAGCAGCAGCAGUCGCGUGGCGGCAGCGGGCGCCCCCUGGCGUCCCACGCCCUGCUAGACAGCAGCAGUAGCAGCAGCAGUAAGAGCAGCAGCAGCAGUAGCAGCAGCAGCAGCCCCAAUGACACAAUCCCCCGCUCCACACCCCUGCCUGCCUCCCAGCCCACCGCUUCCUCCCAGAACAAAGCCUCUGGCCCGGGCACAGCGGAGGGAAAGGAGGAGGUGGCGGCCGAGGGCGAGGUGGCGUCGGCGGUGGCGGCCUCACGCGUCGAGGAUGAGAACGCUAAUGACGGCGCGGUGGCAGCGGACGUGGCGGCUGUGCCAGCGGCUGCGGGGCAGGAGGCGGGGGCGCUGGAUUCGCAGGAGGCGCUGACGGAGCUGGGACUGGAUCUGGCGGAUCUGGAUCUGGAGCAGCGUGAUCAUGGCGCCCAUGGCCAGCUGGAUCCAGAUCUGGAUCUGGAUCAGGGGUCGCAAAGGCGCACUGCCGCCGCUACAGCCGCCGCCGCCGCCGCCGGCAGCAGCUUGACGGAGACGGGGGCGGCGUCGGAGGAGCUCCGGGGAGUGUGGGAGGAUGGGCUGGAGCAGGAGGAGGGGGCCUCGGAGGGGGCCUUGGAGUGGGAGCGCCGACAAGGAGGCCCGCCGGACCAGGGCCGGGGCGAAGCCGAGGAGUCCGAGGGAGAUGCGGCAGCGGAGGAGAAAGAGGAAGAGGAGGAGGAGGAGGAGCUGGUGGCGGAGCUGCACGUGCGCGACGGCGGCUUGGGUCUGCUGGUGGCUCUGGUGCCGGAGGCGGAGUGGCUGGGCGGCGGCGCGGCGGUGGACCUGAGGCUGCGGGGGCGGCUGGCGGCGCCGCGGGUGGAGGGCGCGGCGGUGGUGACCCGGGGGUCAGUCAGCAGCCCGGCCCUGUUGCGGUACCCGGUGUCGGACAUCAACGCAGACAUACGGUUCGACGGCACCACACUGCACGCGCGCUCCCUGGAAGCCACCAUUGGCAAGACCGGUCACGUGCGGGUGCACGGCUCCCUACCCGUACAGCAGCAGCAGCAGCAGCAGCCAACUGCGCCAGCACCGGCCGCCGCCCCGACUGGCGCCGGCCGGUCGCAUCAACACAACCACCACAACCACAAUGACAACCACCACCACCACCACCGCCAUCACGAAGGCAAGACUGAGGGCGCAUUCGCCGCCUCCAGCAACAAGACCGGCACGGGCAAGCCCCCCGGGCCGACACCCUCCUCCAUCCCCUCCGCUACUGCUGCUGCAGCCCCCUCUGCUACAGCUACAGCUACAGCUACGGCCGCAGCUGCAGCCGCACCGGCGGCUCAGGGUGUGGUGGUGGAGGUGUCGGGGGUGGAGCUGCGGGUGCGCGGCGCCUACAGCGGCCUACUGGACGGGCGGCUGAGCCUGAGACGCAGUCUGGCAGCGCCAGUGCUGGGGGGCCGGCUGCGGUUCAGCAAGGGCACAGCCUUCCUGCAGGCGCCCACCCAGGGCCCAGCGGCGCCCUCCCCCUCCUCCUCCUCCGGCGACGGCGCUGCCGACGGCGCCGCCUCCCCCGACGGCGCCUCCGCCUCCUCCACCUCCCUGUCGGCCUCCUCCUCCGCCGCCUCCUCGGCUGAGGUGGUGCGCACCAGCUUUGCGCUGCUCAAGGCCGGGCGCAAGCGGGCGCUGCUGGCGGCGGGGCGGGCGGCGGCGGCGGCGGGCGGCGCGCUGGCUGGGGAGCACGACGCGGCUGCGGGCGGCGCCGGCGGCAGCUCGGGCGCUGCGGCCCCCGCUCCUCCUCUGACUCUGGCGGGUCUGGAGGUAGUGCUGGGGCCCGACCUACGUGCCGUGUUCCCGGUGGUCCUGAACCUGGGGCUGAGCGGCGCCGUGUCGCUGUCGGGGCCCGCCGACCCAGAUCGCCUGACGCCCGUGGGGGUGGUCAGCCUGGACAGCGGCACACUCAACCUGCUGGCCACACAGUUCGUCCUGGAUCGCGAACACGACAAUCGCAUCGUCUUUGGCCAGCCCGACAUGCAGCAGCAGCAGCAGCAGCCGCAGGGGCCCGGGGAGGCGGGCGGCGGCGGCGGCGCGGGUGGCGGCGGGGGUGGCGGCGGCUCUGGCCGGGAGGCGGCGGCGGCGGCGGCGGCGGACGCUGGGGCCCCCGGCGCGGCCAUGGACCCCUUCAUAGACAUUGCGCUGGUGUCCGGCGACCUGCGGGCGGCAAUCCAGGGCCGCGGCAGUACCUGGCAGGAGGGACUCUCCCUCACAGCCUCUGGCACACCCCUGCUGGGGGGCGGCCCCGGCGGCGGCGGCGCCGGCGGCGGCGCGGCCAGUGGCGUCCCGGGCGGCGGCGGCGGCGGAGGCGGAGGCAAUGACGUACUGGCGGCUGGCCUGGACGGUGGCGGCGGCGCCGGCGGCGUGGCGGGCGUGGGUGGCGGCGCGGGCGGUGCGGGCGGCGGCGGCGGCGGCGCUGGUGGCGGCGAGUCCAUCGGCGACGCGGCCCGCAUUCUGGAGGAGCGCCUGGCGGAUGCCCUGCUGGGCGAGAAGGGGCAGCUGGCUCUUCGCUCGCUGGCGCGCUCCACAGUGAGCUCGCUGCUGCCGCGCAUCGAGACACGCGGCCAGUUUGGCAAUGCGCGCUGGCGGCUGGUGGGUGCGCCCAGCCUGCCCUCGCUGCUGUCGCUGCCCGACCCCGUGGCCCAGCCCUCGCGCUUCCUGUCCACACUGGCCCUGGGCACGGAGGUGGAGGUGGCGUUCGGCAGGAGGCUGCAGGCCUCGCUGUCUCACAAGUUGGGUCAGGACCUGGGCCGCGGCGGUGGUGAGCUGCCUGGCGGCGGCGGCGGCACCGAGGCCCGACUCAGCCUGCAACUGAGCGACCGGGUGCGGCUGCAGGCGCACCUGGCGCGGGGGGCGCUCAUCCCCUCCGUCACACUGCAGUACAGCAGCGAGGGCAUCGCCGGCGGACUGGGGGGCAGCAGUAGCAGGGGCGAGGGGGGCAGUAGCAGGGGCGAGGCGGGCCGUGGUCCGGCGGCCGGUGCGGCGGAGGGGGGAGCGGGUGGUGGUGAUGGGGGUGUGCCGCGCAAGUCGGGCGACGGCGGGGCUGCUGGGAGCAGCAGCAGCAGCGCCAGCGGCGGCGGCGCCGGCGCCGGCGCCAGCGGUGGCAUCGAAUCGCACGCCACGCCUCCCGCAACCGGCAGUAGCAACAGCAGCGCCAGCAACAGCAGCAAUAGCAGCAAGAGCAGCGGAGGCGGCGGAGGCCGACCCAAGGAGGUGAACAGGGUGCAGCUGCCUACUCAGAUAGCACCACUUGAGUCACGGCGGCUUGAGGCCCGGCCGCGGGGUGGGGCGGCGGGUGAGCGGCCGGAGGCACACUGAUUGCGGGCGGCAACCAAUGCUGGGUACCGUAAUGAGCUUCAUUGGUGUGAUGAGGUGCGGACUUGGCCGCGGGCGUAAGCGGCUGGUACUUUGUUUAACCGGCGAGUUGGUUAGAUCCUUAGUUAGAUCUUGCAGGAGGCGGCAAGAACCGGGCUAUGGGUUAUGUUCUUAAGACGGACGGGGGAUAGACACGGAGCUAGGACGGACGGACGGCACUCGCAGGGUGGGGUCAGUCUGGAACUUUUGUUUGUACCCCAUAGCCCACUGCUUAGCUGGAGCUCGGAAAGCGCGAGAAGCCGCCGCGGACGCAACACUCCCUUGAGCCAGGGUCCGCAACAGAGCCACCACAGUACCGGCAGCAGCUGCAGCAGCUGCAGGGCCCCUGGGACGAAGCGGCGGCCGCGGCCGCGGUGGAGCCGUGGAGGGCAGGCACAGCGCCGGCAGCCAGCCCUCCUGGGCCCUCCGCAAGCUCCGUCAGCAGAUUGCAUUGGUUACAAGAGGGACCUGCUGACGCAGUUCACGAGCCAGUGACGUCAGCAGGCACGCCGCGAGCGAUUCAUUUCGCGACGCUACUGCGAUGCUGGGCUCGAACGUGCCCAUUCCCCUUUGCGAGGACGCAGCCGGAGGGCCAGAAGACGCAGGCGCUAGAGAGCAGAGUGACAAGCGGCGCAGAGGGUGACGUUGACAGCCCGCCGAUGGCAGCAAGGCGACGACGCCGGCUGUAGGCGAGGAGCUGCCGCGCGUGAGCGACUUCCUGCAAGAAGCGGCGGCUGUGGCGGCUGGCCAGCCAGGAGACGGUCUUAUAAGUUUAGAAGGACGGUUCGUUACGCGCGCAGUGUGUGUGGUCGGGCCAGAGUGCGAGGGGAACAGGGUAGGGGGACAGGGUUGGGGGCAGGUGCAGUGUGCGAUGGGACCAGGUUAAGGCAGGUUGGUGGAUUCCCGUACGAUGCAGCUGGAGGGGCAACUACAUUUAUUGACGUGUGUUGCGGAACGAAUGCGUACGUAGACCAGAGCGGAAGGCGGAGUGGGCUUGCAGGCGGCACGAGAGUAGGCAGUCAGUACAGUGUCUCGACCCGGGCUGACCAAGUGGGCACGCGCGCCAACUAUCACCGACGAAUCCAAAAUGCAUAAGUUGAUAGCACAACAAAAUAAAGCAGUAGCUCGUAUUCUACUAUUUGCUGUGGUCCCAAAAGUGGCCGGCUGUGUGUGUGUUUGUGGGGGGGGGGGGGGCGAUCCUGGGGGGCGAAAACAGCGCCAAGAUGGAUGUCUGCAGCAGUUACCUGAGGCUCUGCUC